AUGGCCUUUACUUACUCAUACUCUAAUCAAAAGACUAAACUACCCCUAAUAAAAUUGUAUGCUUUGAACCAGUCACCUCCUUUGACUAAAAGUCAGAAGGUGUUUGAUGAAAUGCCUGAAAGAAACGAUGUAUCAUAUAGUGCAAUGAUUCCUAGGCUUGUGAGAAACGAACUUUUCAACAAAGCAUUCGACUUAUUCCUCCAUUUGAAACAUAGUUCUCUAGUGAAGCCCAAUAGGCCUCUUUUACUAACCAUCCUCAUUGCAUGUGGUAAAAUUGAAGACCUAGAAAUAGGCAAAAACAUCCAUCAUCAACUACUUGAAGAAUCUUUUACUUUUCACCUUGAGAUUGAUAAUGCACUUCUAGAUUUCUAUGCUAAAUGUGGUGAUAUAAAGAAAGCCGAAGACAUAUUCAUCAAAAUGCCUUACAAAUAUGUUGCUACACGGAGUUCCAUGGUUAUGGGGCUAGUCACAAAUGGGUGA